AUGGGUUUGAACUGUGAAGGGUUGGAUGCUGCAGGUGGUAUGUCAGAGAUGGUGUACUGGUAUGUCAGUGAAGCUGAAAUUAGAUGUAUGCUAGGUUUUGCAGUAGUGGUUAUGGCUGGUGUCUUGUAUGAGUUGCAGGUGAAUGAGAUAUCACUGGUGAUAUGGGUUUGCGACGGUGGUGGAAUUCAAAGAAGAUUCAGUACUUCUAAUCCUAUUUACUUUGAUGGUGAUUUUGAUGUUAUUUCUAGUGUCAUUACUGAGGCUGAUAAUGUUGUUUUAAAUAUGAUUCCUACUGAUACUGAAAUUGAGAAUGUUGUUAAAAGCAUGGCUUCUUGGAGCUCUCCUGGACCUGAUGGUUUUCAGGCAGGUUUUUAUCAAACCCAGUGGCAGAUUGUUGGUAAGGAUGUUAUUGAAGUUGUUAAGAGGUUUUUUCAAUAUGGUCACAUGCUUAGGAGUCUUAAUAAGACUUAUAUUUCUCUUAUCCCUAAGUGUAAAAGUCCUAAAAUGCCAUCUGAAUUUAGACCAAUAGGUUUGUGCAAUGUUUCUUACAAGAUUAUUUCUAAAAUCUUAGCUAAUAUAAUAAAACCUUUUCUGAAAAAACUUGUUUCUCCUUAUCAGGCUGCUUUUGUACCAGGAAGGGAAAUUCAUGACAAUAUUAUUAUUGCUCAUGAAAUGAUCCAUUUUAUGAAGCAUAAGGAAGGUUAUAAUGGUACUAUGGCUAUUAAACUUGAUCUGUCUAAGGCUUUUGACAGACUUGAAUGGAAAUUUCUCAACAAUGUUUUGCUGAAAUUUGGCUUUAAUACUGAUUUCUGUAAUCUAAUAAUGCAAUGUGUUACUACUACCAGUAUUAGUGUUUUGUUGAUGGGUCACCAUGUGAACAAUUUGAGCCAACUAGAGCAUGUUAAUGAUAUCUUUAAUAUUUCAGAGAAUUUUAGUUCUUUAUCUGGUCAAAUGCUUAACUUUGACAAAUCUUGUGUCUAUUUCAGCCACAAUCUCAGUCCUGGCUACUGUGAAUUUCUUUCUAGAGCUCUUAAUAUGUCCAUUGUUUCGGAUUCUGGGAAAUAUUUGGGUGCUCCUCUGUUAUUAGGACAUUCUAAGGUGAAAUCUUUUGAUCCCAUUGUGCAAUCCUUUGAAGUUAGACUUAAAAACUUUGUAAGUAUCACUCUCAAUCAGGCUGGUAGGUCUACUUUAACUACUCUGAUUGAUAAGCUGAAUUCUUUACCUACAUAUCAAAUGGGAUGUUUUAAGAUUCCAACUACUCUGAUUGAUAAGCUGGAUUCUCUUCAACUGAAUUUUUGGUGGGGGCACAAUACAGGUAAGGGUAUUAAAUUUAUCUAUUGGGAUAGUAUUAAUAAGUCAAAGGAACAAGGGGGCUUAGGAUUUAGAGAUCUGGAGAACUUUAAUAUUGCACUCAUUUGUAAGUUAAUCUGGAAAAUUGUCACUGAGGAAGAGAAAUUUAAGGUUCAAAUCUUAAGUGCUAAGUACUUUAAAGAUUGUAGUAUACUUCAUUUGGACAAACUUAAUGAAAGUUGCUCAUGGAUAUGGAGGGGUAUUUAUAGGUGUAUUGGGAUCAUUAAGGAUAACAGUUUUUGGUCUAUUGGUUGUGGCACUAAAACUAAAAUUUGGUUAGACUGUUGGGUGGUUGGAUUAGAUCAUCCUCCUAUCCCUUCUACUGGACUUGUGAAUAUUGUUUCUUUUAUUAUGUCUCUGAUCUGUUUAUGGAAAAUACUAAGUCUUGGAAUGUCCAUUUGA